GACUUUUGUUGAUGUCGUGCACCAACACGAUUCGAAAAGAUGGACGCUCAAGAUGCUCAAGAGUAUUUGACUACUCUAGCCCACGCGACAUCUGAACAAUUCCACAAGAUCCCUGGGUCGGCCAUCUUCCUGCGUUAUGUCAAAUCGAGUUACCAGAAUGAUCCCAUUCGGUCCGCGGUUGAACUCUUCCUCGUCCUCUUCGCGAUUCGGUAUUUGCUCGCUCCAAAAUACUCAACGAAGCCCAACUAUGUCAAGUUGUCCGAUGAGGAGAUUGACGACUUGGUGGAUGAAUGGACACCAGAGCCUCUCGUAGGCAAGACUACAGCAUUUGAAGAGGCGGAUUUGGAAAAGCGCGCCAUCAUUGUCGGACCUAGUGGCCCUCGCUGCAGACUAGCCAACGGUCGAACUGUGACCAACCUCGCGUCUUAUAACUUUUACAACUUUGUCUCCAACGAGAAUCUCAAAGAACGUGCAAUCCAGACGCUUCGAAUGUAUGGAGUUGGACCCUGUGGUCCACCUGGUUUCUACGGGACGCAGGACGUGCACAUGAAGAUUGAGAGCGACAUUGCAGCUUUCCUCGGAACGACUGCUUGCAUCAUCUACGCGCAGGCGUUUUCCACCAUUUCUAGCGUGAUCCCGGCAUUCUGCAAGAGAGGGGACAUUAUUGUGGCGGACAAGGGUGUGAACUACGCGAUUCGAAAGGGAAUUCAAAUUUCCAGAUCCACAAUUCGGUGGUAUGAACACAAUGACAUGGAGGAUUUACAACGAGUACUGGCAAAGGUCACAAAGGAACAAGCUAGGAAGCCUUUGACGCGGAGGUUCAUCAUCACUGAGGGCUUGUUUGAGAAUUCAGGAGAAAUGGUCGAUCUACCAAAAGUGAUCGAGUUGAAGCUGAAAUAUAAAUUCCGGCUGAUUCUAGACGAGACAUGGUCAUUUGGAGUGCUGGGUCGUACCGGGCGCGGAAUCACGGAACAUCAACACGUGGAUGCCGCCGAAGUCGACAUGAUCGUCGGCAGCAUGUCAGGACCACUGACAGGAGCAGGAGGGUUCUGCGCAGGGUCGGAUCAAGUGGUGGAGCAUCAACGGCUGUCGGCUCUCAGCUAUACAUAUUCGGCAGCAUUGCCUGCGAUGAGCGCAGUGACGGCCAGCGAGACGUUGAUGAUGCUUCAAACACAACCGGAAUACAUUACCCAACUUCGAGAGAACAUCAAGACCAUGUGGGCACAGAUUGAUCCGAGAAGCGACUGGGUGUAUUGCAGCAGUGCACCAGAAAACCCAAUCAUGUUGUUGGUUCUGAAACCGGAGGUGGUCAGUAGCCGACGAUUGACAUGGGAUGAUCAGCAGAUUUUGCUGCAAGAAAUUGUUGACGAGGCCCUAUCUCAAAACGUUCUCAUCACUCGUGUCAAGAGCCUUCCUGCCGGUCCAUCCGGAACGAAAACCGAAAUUUACACUCCAAAUCCCGCUCUGAAGGUAUGUGUGACUAUGGGCCUGUCUAAAAAGGAGAUUGAAAAGGCCGGCAUCAUAAUCCGACAUGCCAUUACCAAGGUGGUCGGUAAGAAGCGGUGAACAGUCAUCAUGGGGUGAAGAGUGAAGAUGUGUCUUUUGUCAAUGGUUUUUCCCUUCAUGUACCAAUAUUCGACCAACAUUGCAGAAGUGGAAUGGCAGCAUGGGGGAUUGGGAGGAUGAUUAUCAUCAUCAUCGUCAUUGUAAUACUGGGAUGCACAUAGGGAUAGGGUCUGAUGGAUGAAGUGGUGAGACUACGGCGAGGCAACGACUGCGAUAACGAUGGCCGUGGUGGAUUGAUAAUUAGAAGCAAGAUGUAAGAAGUCCAACGAACGAAUGUAAUAAUUACUACUUUACCC